UCCCGCCCCGCCGGCCUUCAGGAUGUCGAUGGGUCUGGAGCUGACGGGGGUGGCCCUGGCGGUGCUGGGCUGGCUGGGCACCAUCCUGUGCUGCUCGCUGCCCAUGUGGAAGGUCACGGCCUUCAUCGGCAGCAGCAUCGUGACGGCCCAGACCAUCUGGGAGGGGCUGUGGAUGAACUGCGUGGUGCAGAGCACCGGCCAGAUGCAGUGCAAGGUCUACGACUCCCUGCUGGCCCUGCCCCAGGACCUGCAGGCCGCCCGGGCCCUGCUGGUCGUCGCCAUCAUCCUGGGCGUCCUGGGCCUGCUGGUCUCGCUGGUGGGCGCCCAGUGCACCAACUGCGUGCAGGACGAGACGGCCAAGGCCAAGAUCACCAUCGUGUCCGGGGUGGUCUUCCUGCUGACCGGCGUGCUGACCCUCAUCCCCGUGUCCUGGUCGGCCAACACCAUCAUCCGCGACUUCUACAACCCGCUGGUGGUCGAAGCCCAGAAGCGGGAGAUGGGCGCGGGCAUCUACAUCGGCUGGGCGGCCGCCGCGCUGCUGCUGCUGGGCGGGGGGCUGCUCUGCUGCUCCUGCCCCCCCAAAGACAAGAAGUACGUCCCGGCCAAGGUCAUGUACUCGGCAGCCCGCUCUUCCGGGCCCAGCUACGACCGCAAAGACUACGUGUGAGCAAGGGGCUGCGCCGUCCCCCUUCCCCCUCCGGACAGACACGCACGCACACCCCCAACCCGGAGGGGGAGGGGGGCUCAGCGGGACCUGAGCGGAGGCCGUCCAGGCCCCGGCCGGACAGUGGCCGGGGACCGGCCGGACAGUGGCCGGAGCCCGGCAGGAGCGGGUUGGACGGAAGGCCCUGGGGGUGGGGGAGAGGAGGAGCCCGGUGCGGGAGGGGGGGUGGGGAGGCGUUGGGAGGGCCUUUGUGGGGAGGGGGGAGUUAUCACUUUUCCAAUAAAAUGUGGCUUUUCGCA